GCACAGCGAGCCAUUUGCCAGUGCUGAAAGAAUGUUUUAGGUGGGUCAAACCUUUUCAAUUCUCAAGUGGUCAACGGGCAGCGCGUUGAAGUUGGAUCUUGUUUUUGGAUGCUUACUGUUAUUGGCAAGAAUGAAUACUGGAUUUUUCAUUUUCCAUCUGGUCAUUCUAGCAGGUGCUGCCUGGGCUUCUACCGAUGAAACACGUCUGGUCAAAACCCUUUUCACUGGCUACAAUAAGGUCGUCCGCCCUGUCACUCACUUCAAGGACCCGGUGGUUGUUACUGUAGGCCUUCAGCUCAUCCAGCUCAUCAGCGUGGAUGAGGUCAACCAGAUUGUCAGCAGCAACGUGCGACUGAAACAGCAAUGGAAAGAUGUGAACCUGCAGUGGGACCCUGAGGAUUACGGUGGCAUCAAAAAGAUCAGAGUUCCCUCCACUGACAUUUGGCGGCCUGAUCUGGUUCUCUACAACAAUGCUGACGGUGACUUUGCCAUCGUUCAUGAGACCAAGGUGCUGCUGGAGCACACAGGGAUGAUCACAUGGAACCCACCUGCCAUCUUCAAGAGCUACUGUGAAAUUAUUGUGCUGCAUUUCCCCUUUGACCUCCAGAACUGCAGUAUGAAGCUGGGCACCUGGACAUACGACGGAAACUUGGUCGUCGUCAAUCCUGACAGUGACCGCCCUGACCUGAGUAACUUCAUGGAAAGUGGAGAGUGGGUGAUGAAGGAUUUCCGCGGUUGGAAACACUGGGUGUACUACGCUUGCUGCCCGGACACCCCUUACCUGGACAUCACCUACCACUUCCUCAUGCUACGGCUCCCGCUGUACUUCAUCGUCAAUGUCAUCAUCCCCUGCAUGCUCUUCUCCUUCCUGACUGGCCUGGUCUUCUACCUUCCUACAGACUCUGGUGAGAAAAUGACUCUCAGCAUCUCCGUCCUGCUGUCUCUGACUGUGUUCCUGCUGGUCAUCGUGGAGCUGAUCCCCUCCACCUCCAGCGCUGUACCGCUCAUUGGGAAGUACAUGCUCUUCACCAUGGUAUUCGUCAUUGCCUCCAUCAUCAUCACUGUCAUCGUCAUCAACACCCACCACCGCUCCCCGAGCACUCACACAAUGCCAGACUGGGUCCGCAAGGUUUUUAUUGAAACCAUCCCCAACAUCAUGUUCUUCUCAACAAUGAAACGCCCUGGCAAGGAGAAGCAGACUAAAAGUAUCUAUGGGGCUGAUUUUGACAUCUCAGACAUCUCUGGCAACCCAACCUCGGCCGUUCCCUACCAGUCCCCGAUCACCAAGAACCCUGAUGUCCGCAGUGCCAUUGAGGGAGUCAAGUACAUCGCAGAAACCAUGAAAUCAGAUGAGGAGUCCAACAAUGCUGCUGAAGAGUGGAAGUUUGUGGCCAUGGUCCUGGAUCAUAUCCUGCUGUGUGUGUUCAUGGCUGUGUGUCUCAUCGGCACAUUAGGCGUGUUUGCAGGGCGACUCAUUGAGCUGAGCAUGCUGUAAAAGGCCUGGGGGUCAUGUUUUACCGGUUUAACCUCUCAGAGGACCAGUUUGUUGUUCAAUGUGAAACAUGUCAGCUUUGUUUUUGAAGCUUCUGUGUGAUCUGCGACAUUUACACUGUAUACUGCAUCUCUGUUUCAUGUUGUUUGAGGAAUUACCCCAUUGUAUACAGUGUCUUCAGCUCAUUUUGUGAAAGAGCGCUGAUGUUUUUCAUUUUUUAAGGAAUUUAUGUGUGCUGUUUAAAAUGUUCAAUCAAACAGUUGCUUGGCAUAUUUGGGAACAACUAAAAAGAAGGGGGAUUUGACAGUUUUCAGGUGCAGAAUUGCUCAGUUUCCUUAAGACUGACUGUUUUCUAAUAACUGUGACUUUCAAUACAAUCUUACAUACACACUGAUCUGGAGCUUUCCAUGAUGUUUUUUUUUUUUUUCUUUUUAAGAGGCUUUUACACUUGCCCCUGAUUUGUAAGGACACAAGGAACCAGUUGUAUGUCAUUG